GCCGCUCGCACGCCCGCCCGCCCGGCUCUCCGCGCCCGCCGCCCGCGCCCGGCCCCGGCGCCCCGGCCCUCCCGCCCGCGCUUCAUGGCUGCGCAGGAAUGGGACUGGUUCCAGCGCGAGGAGCUCAUCGGACAGAUCAGCGACAUCCGAGUCCAGAACCUGCAAGUUGAGAGGGAGAAUGUGCAGAAGCGGACUUUUACUCGAUGGAUAAAUCUCCAUCUGGAGAAGUGCAACCCACCUCUAGAAGUUAAAGAUUUAUUCGUUGAUAUACAAGAUGGCAAAAUAUUAAUGGCUUUGUUAGAAGUCCUGUCUGGGCGGAAUCUGCUACACGAGUACAAAUCCUCAUCCCAUCGUAUUUUUCGGUUAAACAACAUAGCGAAAGCACUUAAGUUUUUGGAAGAUAGCAAUGUAAAGCUGGUUAGCAUUGACGCAGCAGAAAUAGCAGAUGGCAACCCCUCUUUGGUUCUUGGGCUGAUUUGGAACAUAAUCCUCUUCUUCCAGAUUAAAGAGCUCACGGGCAACCUCAGCAGAAACUCUCCAUCCUCCAGCCUGUCACCCGGCUCGGGGGGCACAGACUCAGACUCCUCCUUCCCGCCCACACCCACCGCAGAGAGGAGCGCAGCAAUCUCGGUGAAAGACCAGAGGAAAGCCAUCAGGACGCUGUUGGCCUGGGUGCAGAGGAAAACGAGGAAGUAUGGCGUGGCGGUGCAGGACUUUGCAGGCAGCUGGCGGAGCGGGCUGGCUUUCCUGGCUGUGAUCAAGGCCAUCGACCCCAGCCUGGUGGACAUGAAGCAGGCGCUGGAAGACUCCAUGCGGGAGAAUCUGGAGAAGGCUUUCAGCAUCGCUCAUGAUGCCCUUCACAUCCCUAGGCUCCUGGAGCCAGAAGACAUCAUGGUUGACACACCAGAUGAGCAGUCCAUCGUGACUUACGUGGCUCAGUUUCUAGAACAUUUCCCGGAGUUGGAAGCCGAGGAUUUUGUGGAUUCCGACAAAGAAGCCCCUAUCGAAUCCACCUUCGUUCGCAUCAAAGAAACUCCUUCGGAACAGGAGAGUGCCGUCUUCCUUCUGACUGAGGACGGGGAGCGAGCUUACACCUUCAACCACGAGGCCAGCCACCCGCCUCCCUCCAAAGUCUUCGUCUGUGACAAGCCUGAGGAUGUGGAGGAACCCUGCCUGGGUGGCGUGUCCAGCCAGGAGCUGGUAGACAGCUCCUCCGAGUUCAUGAACCAGAUCAUCGAGCAGGUUCUCCAAGGGAUCCCCGGGAAGCUCAACAGCACCAGUGAACCGGCUCCAGAAUCUUCCAUCCUAUCAUCCCGAAAGGACAGCCGGAGGUCCAACUCUCUGCCCAUCAAGAAGACGGUGCACUUUGAGGCCGACACCUACAAGGAUGCCUCCUGCAGUCAGGACCCUUUCUACAGCGUGGACCUGCACUUUGAAGGGAGCCCUGGAGAGACCAAGGAGUCGUCCAAGCAGGAUGAACAGGUCUUGGUGGCUGACGUUGCUGAAGAAACACCAAAACAGGAGGCCCCGGACAUCCUGGAAGAAGCAGCCUCCGACAAGGUCCCUGAUGACGUGUCCUCAGUGGAUGGUGAGAUCAGUCAUCCUCCCACUUCCCAGACCUCUCCCCCCUGGAACGGGGCAUCGGAAAGGGCAUCCAGCCCUGGGGACGAAGGCCAUCUCCCCUCACCGCUGGGAGAGAACACCGUUAUGGCCAGUGCCUUGGAGAUCAAGGUGAAGCUGCUGAUGGUAGAAGCGAUGGAUAAAGAAGACUAUUUUGAAGCCAUACCUUUAAAAGCCUCAAAGUUUAACAGCGACCUCAUCGAUUUUGCCUCCACCAGCCAGGCUUUCAAUGAGGUUCCUUCGCCUCAUGAGAAAAAACCUGCAGAAGAGGAGGUGUCGGAGGAUCACCCCGAGAGAUUGGGCAAACGGAGAGGGAAAUCCGCCCACAAGAAGACAGAUUCGGAUGAGGCCCCAGUGAAGCUCGACCAACCUGACCCUCACAAGGACCCUGGAGACCAAGACCAAGGCUAUUCUUUGGCCCCCGAGGAGGCCCCAGUGGAUAAAAAGCCAGAGGUGUAUGAGAAGGCCAAGCGCAAGUCCUUCCGACGCCGCCGUCGGGGAGAGGAGGAAGGGGAAGCCGAGUGCCUCCGGGGGCUCGGGGGAGAAUUGCCUUCCAACCCGCCGAGCAGCAGCGUCAGCUUGGAGACCCUCCACAGCCCCAGCGAGGAGGGCCUGGACUUCAAGCCAUCUCCCCCACUCUCUAAGAUUUCUGUCAUCCCUCAUGACCUUUUCUACUACCCACACUACGAGGUGCCCCUGGCGGCGGUUUUGGAGGCUUACGCAGAAGGCUCGGAGGAUUUGAAAAACGAAGAGAUGGACCUGGAAGAACCGGAGGGCUAUCUGCUGAACCUGGGGGCCAGGGAGGAUGAGGCCGAGGAGGCCGAGGCCUCCCAGAGCAGCUUUAGCUUCUCCGGGCUGGGCGAGGACCUCCCCCAGGCCAGCAUCACAGAGGAUGCCAGUCCCGCCUCGGAACCCUCUCCUCCACCCUCGCCUGAGGACCACCAGCAAAGGGAGGUCGAAGAUAGCAUCCCUGUGCAGGGCCAUCAGUCCCAGGAAUUCCCAAACUCGGAAAAUGUAGCCAGCCCCUUAGAGGAAAAGGUAAUGGAAGAAUCGAUCAGCAGUAAAAAAAAGGAGAAAAGGAAACAUGUGGACCACGUAGAAAGCUCAAUAUUUAUAGCACCCGGAACUGUUCGCUCCUCAGAUGACCUGGAAGAAGACACCGGUGACCACAAAGUCCUUUCCAGGACGAGUCACAGUGACUCCAGCAUUUACAUUCGACGACAUACUAAUAGGUCUUUGGAAUCGGAUCAUUUUAGCUAUGUUCAAUUGAGGAAUGCAGCGGAUAUGGAUGACAGAAGAAACCGAAUGUUAACCAGGUACAAUACUCAGAAGCUCACUGAGCUGAUUUUACAGUUUUAUGGCAUCAGAGCAGACAUGAAGAGGGAGUGCAAACAUGCCAGGAUGUCUAUGAAAGCCAACCACUCGGGCAAAGCCAGGCUGCGGGAGAUCCACAGCUCCCAGAGCGACUCGCUGACACAGCUGGUCCAGCAGCCGGACGUGAUGUACUUUAUCCUCUUCCUCUGGCUCCUGGUUUACUGCCUGCUGCUCUUCCCCCAGCUGGACGUCAACAGACUCUGAUGCGUGUGUCUGCGUAAUAAAAGAGACAGGACCCUGGCCGUGGGGUGGGCAUUCUCCUUCCUUCCUCUUCUUGCCUAUUCUGGACGGGGCACUUCUGCAGAUAGUGGAAGACCUCCAAGGAAACUUAGACCCCCCCACCUCCGCCCUGUUCCCACUUUUUUUUUUUCAUGUUUCCUUUCGUUUUCUUUUCUUGUAAGUCCUAAGCAUGCUUUUCUCUUAGGCUGUGAACACAACACUCAGGUGUGUGGCUGGAUCCUUGGGUGGGGUUUGUUUGUGUGCCUUGGUCUGUCAGGUAUUACUCUUAAGCUUCGUGGCUGAGACUUUCGGGGCUUCUCAGGUGGCUCAGUGGUAAGGAAUCUGCCUGCCAGUGCCGGAGACACAAGAGAUGCGGGUUCGAUCCCUGAGUUGGGAAGAUCCCCAGGAGAAGGGAAUGGCAACCCACUCCAGUAUUCUUGCCUGGAGAAUCCCAUGGACAGAGGAGCCUGGCGGGCUACAGUGCCUGGGGUCGCAAAGAGUUGGACAUGACUCAUCGGCUGAGCACAAGCACUGAUUCUUAGCUCGCUUGGUUUUUAAGGUCCCAGAUGGACUUGAGUUUCUCACCUCCUGAUGACAAAGGGGAUGGAUACCCCAGGGAGAACCCCCGUGGAAAGAAAACUGCCCCUCUUUCCUCUAAGAGUGGCAUUUGGGUCAAGGUGCUGGGGGUCCUGUGGUCAUUUGGCGGUUGGUCGUGGUCUUUGUGGGGCGGAGGAGGGGGUUAUCCAAAGAACAGCGCAAAACUGCCAGCCCCAGGAAAGUGCAUCCACAGUCGGCAAAAUUCACAGAAAGUAAAGGCAGUGCACACUUGUUCACACUAGGGUGUUUUUCUAGGGAGAGGAUGCAUUUUCAUUUUGCUUUUGCACUGACUGGAUUGAGAUAAAGCUGUGAUUUUUCAAACCUUUUCCACCCAUGGAAUCCUCCUUUCAAGAGGAUUCUCAGGGGGUGGUCUAGUCGAAACAUGAAAAGCAGAGCUUUGGCUGACUCGGGGCAAGGCCUGGGAUCCCUCUUGUUCUGUCUGGGCAGUCCUGCACCCGUACCCCCCACCUCCGGCUUCCAUCCGUGGCUCCUGAGGCUGGUACCCAAGGCUGGUUCCCAAGACCCCGCAGAGCACUGUAAACACCUAGAGCCUCCCAAAGCCCCAGGAGGAGGGCAGGAGUGACCUGGCUGAGAAUGAGCUCUCAGCCAGGUAGUAGCCCAGCAGGUUCCUGCUCCGAGAGCACCUUUGUGCACACCUGCCUCAUAUCGAGAGUCUCAGCACCGCCGUCCUUUGUGGUCCGUUUUAAUGGGUUUCUUGAAAAGGAGAAAGGUUUCCGGAAGGCAUCUUGAGAAGUAGCCAGAACUGGCAGGUGGCAGAGGAUGGGCAUCCAGCUGCCCUCUGGUCUUCCGUCUUCCUUUUACCCUGGGCUCCCUGCUUCCUUUCAAGACACAGGCCCUGCCUCCCUGGGUAUCCCUUCCUCCUCCCCUUGUCCUCCCCCGCUCAGAAAGCAUGUCGAGUGAGACUUAUAAACCCACAGACAACGAGGUCGAGAGGGGCGUUCAGACAGCAUCUUUGCUGCUGAACCCAGAGAGGCAGAGCCGUUUGACCAAGAUGACACAGCCAACCGGGAGCAGACUUGCAAGUGUACCCAGACCACCUGAUGUCCCCUCCGGAGCUGUACCCUCUCUUAGGCAACUUCUCUUGGGCCCAGGGAUGUCCUGAAAAAAUAAAAUAAUAAAAUGAAUAGAUAAGAAUGUCCUCGUUUAAAACAAAACCAAAAUUUUUAGGUCAACAGCCAACCUUUGUUUUUUUCUCGUAUUUUUCCCACGAAGUUUUGUUCCCUUCCAGGCUUGUCACCCGUUCCUUCUGGAAUACCCUUCAUGGCUCUAACAGCCUGUCAGCUGACCUACCAGUGUUGUUCUUACUCCAAGAAUCAUGCUUCUCUCUCUGCAAGCCAAGGGCUUGCUUAUAUCGAGCAGUGGGUCUCCAGUUUACAGAAUUCCAGCAUGGCCAAAAGAAUUUACCUAGCACAUUUCAGUUGAUGACAGCCAAAACCUGACUUCUAUCCCACUCUGGUUAUAGCCUGCCUGCUCUCCGUGAACGAAUCUAAGCCUUCCAACUGAAAGCUUUUGGGAGCUUGGAGCAAUUCCAUCUAGAGGGCCAAAUGUCCCAUGGAAAAUGAGCUAAUUAAUGAGCUCCCUAGCAUCAUUGAACGCUCAGAGCACCCUCAGGAGGGACAUCUUGACACCCAAGUGAGUUUUCUGCAAACCUCCAGCCUCCAGUCCCUGAAGCUCAUUUGCACCUCCUUCCCCAUUGAGGAGUCAGAACAUCCAGGAGCUGAUCUCAGACACAAGCCUGAGGAAACAAGGAAAGACUGUAUCUCCCUGAAUACCAGAACUCAUGGUGGCUUCCUUGUCAAGAACUCUUCCGUUUCCAUGGUUGUGUCAUUGAAGGGCAGUCCUGUGACGCACUCUCUUUCAUGUGACCUUGGCUUUUCUUAACUCUCCAGAAGGCCACUGCAGCUUGCAGCUAUGGCCUUUCUCUCCUGUCUGCUUGGAGACCUCCCCAGUCAUCUCCAUUGAGGUCCUGAAGUCCCCAAGGUGGGCUGUGUGCGAGUUUCAAGCCAGCAUGGCUCUUCAGAACCUUCUCGGUGAUGCUCUGGCGAGGAAACAAGAGCCCAUGAUGCCCUUUGGGUCCAGAGGUGCUAUUUUUCUCACCCCGACAUUGCAUCAUCUCUGCUGAAACCACCUUUUGGGGGCAGAUUUAGUGCCUGGGACUACAGCUGCUGUCCGGAGCCCCCACUGAAUGGCUGGCUCUUCGUCCAGUCCGUCCAGCUGCUGAGCGGGGCUGCGCUGAGAGCCAGCAUGGGUGGUAACACGCUCAUUUGCUGGAAAUGGCUGCAGAGUUUGCCUGAACAGUUAGCCAGUGUAGGGAGCCAAGAAAUGAGACAUGGCUUCUUUGCUGGACAUGAAAUCCCACGGAUCUUUUUUUGCACUGUCUCUUGUUGGGCAUCUGUUGAGGAAAAACAGUCAGCAAAGGGAAGUGAACCUGAUGCAGGCAGAGCUGGGACUCGGUCUGUUUUGCAUACAGAAUUGUCCAUUUCCAUGGUGAGCAUGCAGAUGCUGUGGCCUCAGGCUCCAGGUGAGCCCUGGCCCUCUGUGCUCUGAUGUAUGACAGCUUCACAGUGACCCGCAGGUUUUCACCAUCCUCUUCCCUUGUGGAUUCUGCCAGCUUGGGAAGGGGCAAAGGCCUGGAGACUCAGCCCCUACUUCCCGAGGAUCAGCAGAGAUCAUCAGAGUUCCGGAACCCCUCUGAUUCUUCUGGAAUCGCCAGGUCCUGCAGCAUAGGGAAGAUCAACUUAGAUGUUUAUAAUUUGUUCUACGACGCUUGAUGAAAACCCAUCUGACAAGCAGUCACCUCUAGCCCAGGGCUGUAGCACCAACAAGCCAAAAGCAUCCUCGUCUGUGGGAAGAAGACAGCUGGUGUUUUAUGCUGUUUGACCACAUGGUGUUAAAUACACAACAGUCUGGCCCUGAUCCCGCUGGUAACUUUAAAAUCUCCGACACUUAGAUGUCAAGGCCAGCUUUCAUCUGGCAGGAAUCUCUCUAACUGAAGCUCCCUCACCCCACCCACUCAUUUUAGAGUCACUUCCUUCCCCAGGAGGUAUUAUUGGAUGGGGAGGAGGGCAGGUUUGGGAAUCAGCCAGAUUUAGGUUCCAGUUCCGGCUCUGUCUCCAGAUAUCUGGAUGACCUUGGGCAAAUGACCUCUCUGACCAUCUUCUGUGUAGAGUAGAUACUCAGUACAUGUUUGUUGAGUGAAUGAUAGUUUCCUUGACUUGCCCAGCGGUCUAGUGGUUAAGACUCCAUGCUUCCACUGCAGGGGACACAGGUCUGAUUCUUGGUUGGGAAAGUUCCACGUGCGGCCAAAAAUACUAAUAGCUUCCUUGUGAGCUUGUUACGACAUUGUGUGCUGCUCUGCAGCUCCUUGUCUGCCUGUCCCUCCUCGCCAAGGUUUGACUAGACCUCCUUUCAUUAUAUUCAGUUACCAUAGCUUUUCCCAGCUUCUUUCCAAUCCACCUCCCUCUUGCCAGCUGCUCAGUCUCAAACCUAACAUACCUUUUAUAAGAGGAAGUCUACCCAUGAACUCACUGGACCCUUAACAAUCACAGGAGGUGGUUCUUUCACCACAGGAGGUGGUGCUUUUAGCUUUAGAGGAAGCUGAAACACAAGAAGGAAAAAUAACAAGAUCAUAGAGCUGGCAGGUGGCAGAACUACAAAUAUAGGACUUCCUUCCAAACGUUGAUUUCCACCCUAGACUUCACUGCUUAGAAAAUAAGCUUUGCCCCGAGGAGAUUCUGAUUCUUACUGACUUCGGUCUAGUUGGCAAGCGUGGGUGAGGGUCUCAGAGCUGGGCAGGUGGUGAAGUUUAUCCAUCACUUGUAACCCCCCACCUUGCAUUCUUUCCCUUUCUAGGUUUCUGCACACUUUGACCCUUCCCUGGUGACACAGUGGUAAAGAAUCCACCUGCAAUGCAGGAGACCCAGGUUCUAUCCCUGGGUCAGGAAGAUCCCCUGGAGGAGGGUAUGGCAACCCACUCCAGUAUUGUUGCCUGGAGAGUCCCACGGACAGAGGAGCCUGGUGGGCUACAGUCCAUGGGGUCGCCAAGAGUUGGACACAACUGAGUGACUAACACUUUCACUUUCCACAUCAACACUGCUUAAAUAUUUCCUUCAUCCUCAGUUCGUAAAAGUGACUGAGUAAUAUUGUACAUCAAUUAUACUUCAAUUAAAAAUAAGUUUAAAAAUUUUUAAUAACUGAGGACACCCCAAAUUCAAGUUUUAGCCUAAGGUUGCAAAUUUGCAACCAAAAUGACUGCCUUUAAAGGGCCUUCAGCAGCAUAACCUCAGUGUCUAACAUUCAAGAGUGAGUGACUUUAAUUAACUGCCCCCAGCUCUUCACUCAGUUCUUCUAACACACGCUUUUCAGAGUGGAAGAGAGGCCUCCUCCUUUGAAAAGCAAAUUUCAUUGUUCUGGGCAGAACACAAUUAAAAUAAGGAUGAGAACAUAAUUCCUUGGAGGAAGACAACUGGUUGGUCUGUGAGAUAGGAAUCACCAUUUUUUCCUUUGUUCUGCAUUUAAAAGUUGUGGGUUUUGCAUUGUUGGAAAAACAAAUAAAAAAGUGUCUUUUGAUAGGUUUUUUUUUUUUCCCCAUUUGCAAUAGUUCCCACUUCUCUUAGCCCCACCGGAAGUCAGUAGACUUUGCUGUGAGGAUAGCCACAACAUGCCUGUAUUCCUAAGGGUUGAAACACUUUUUAAAAGGAAACUCUUAAGAGUGUCUGUAACCUAGAGAGUUGACGGUGUUCCAAGGUAGGACAGCACUGGCCUGGCUGUUAGGAACCCAUGCCCUAGCUCCGGCCCACUUGCUGUGACACCUUGAAUAAUUCAUUUACCUUUCUGGGUUGGAAGUUGGAAGACCUCUUUUUAGAAGUUCAUCCUAGGUUUAAAAAUCCAAAGGUUAGCAAGUUCGGUUUUUUUUUUUUUUUUAACGUCUCAGUAAGUGGCCUAUUUGCUUAGAAUAAAUGUGCCUCUGCAUUUGUAAGUGAAUUCCAAAGCUUAGAGCAUGGCUUCCGGCUUUAGUAUUUAGAAGGGUGCCUUCGGAAAGGGUUUGGUGGAAUAAAAGGUAGUCUGUCUGUGGAAGGUGUUGGGGUGGAAGCUUGGAGUAGAACGUGCAAGAUCUGCUUCCUGGGCUCCCAGAACUAAACUAGUCUCCUUAAAUUAAAUCAGCAUCUGACACAGCAGUUUUCUCAGAUUCUUUGAAAUUCACAAGUUCAGCUGCAGGAAUACACAGAUGGAAACAACUGGACCUUUCUAUUCUCAUUUUAUCCCCUGCCCUUCCGAGCAUCGACAAGCAAAGUGUUAGUCGUUCAGUCGGGUCCGACUCUCUGCAACGCCAUGGGCGGUGGCCCACCAGUCUCCUCUGUCCAGGCACAGAAGUUCCACUUGAAUCAGAGGCUGCUUGCCUAUCUAGCAUUGGAUCCUUGAAGCCGAAGACUGGCACGUUUGUGUAGAAUGUCCCUGGGGUGGGUGUGGCACUUGGGGAAGGGAUACCAUGAAACAGAGACCCUUUGUCCUUGAAUUGCACCCUAAAUUAGCUGCCGGCGUCACUUACAUUGGUGCUGGUAACAUCAGCCAAAGACAAAGAGUAAAUAUAGAAGGAUGGUUGUUCCCUACCAUGGAGCAGGUGCAUGGUCGUGACCGAUCAGUAAACCUGGGCACAGGAGUUGUUGAAAGUGUAUACUAUUGAGUGAUGAUAGGUUUAUUUUUUCAAGGUCUGUAGUAUGUUUAACAGAUUCACUGCUACCGUUUCUCUUAAUGUCAUGGCAGGACUUAAUUGAUAAUGUCUGAAUAUUUUUACUGGGAGCACUAAGAGAACUAUUGGAAAAAAGUGAAAUGUUAUUUUGUAGUACAAGAAUUAUUUUGUCUAUUUAGUAUAUACAUAGCUGUAGCUUUGUAAAAAAAAAAAGUAUCUUUGUAAAAAAAUUGUAUGAACGUGCACUCUUAUUUAUUAAUUAUUGUAAAUGAAGAUAUAAAUGAUUAUUUGCAUAAUUUAUACCUGUGGGAAAUUAACUGGAGUAUUUGUUAUUUGACUGUUUUCUAUUAAGGAGUAUUAGGCUUGGUGCUAUGAUGAAUGGUCUUGUAAAACUACAUGUAUUCUUAAGAAAAAUUUUGAGUAUAAAUCUCAUGAAUCAA